UACUGCUGCAGCUGUCCAUGGUGCGUAGUUGGAGCCAGAGAGGGUCCGGGUACGUGCGAGAUGCAGCCAUAGUCACGCCACACUGUCUAAAAUUACAACCUGCGGGGAUCGUUAGUUUCGCAGUGCAUCAGAGUCGACUGAAAGCUAGGGGACGUGAGGCAUCAUGGCUGAGCACCAGAGGCAGCGCUCUCUGUCCACCGCCGGUGAGUCUCUCUACCAUGUGUUGGGAGUGGAGAAGGUGGCCACAGGGGAUGAUAUUAAGAGAUCUUACAGGAAACUGGCGCUGAAGUUCCACCCUGACAAGAAUCCUGACAAUCCAGAGGCUGCUGAUAAGUUCAAGGAGAUAAACAACGCCCAUGCAAUUCUGAAUGACCCCACAAAGCGUAACAUUUAUGACAAAUAUGGUUCUCUGGGACUAUAUGUGGCUGAGCAGUUUGGAGAGGAGAAUGUCAACACUUACUUUGUCCUUUCUAGCUGGUGGGCAAAGGCUCUGUUUGUAUUCUGCGGCCUGGCCACUGGCUGCUACUUCUGUUGCUGCCUGUGUUGCUGCUGUAACUGCUGCUGUGGAAAAUGUAAACCACGGCCUCGGGAGGGCCAGGACCAGGAGUUUUAUGUGUCCCCUGAGGACCUUGAGGCUCAACUGCAGUCUGAUGAGAGAGUAGAGGCAGGGGGUGAUCCUAUAAUGAUGCAACCAUCAGCUACAGAGACGACCCAGUUAACAUCGGAUGGGUACCACUCCUAUCACACCGACACCGGCUUCAACUAACCCUCCGCCCCCCACCCGAGACAAUCCUGGCCUGCGGUCCUGCCUGCUUCCCUGCUCCACCUCAGUGAGAAGAAAAAAAGAGGGGCAUCCAUCUUUUGAAUUCAGAAAGAAAGCCAUGCAGAUGAGAGGGACUAGUAAGCAUGGCCCAUGAAAGGAACUAAUGAAGUCACACCCCUUACACCCCUCCCUGAUUGGUCCGCAACUUAUCCCCCCUCCCUCCCAGUAGUAGAAGAAAAGAGAAACAAGCUAAAUUGUUUCCUUUUUGUUUCUUCUUUUGUAUUUCUUGGCCUUUAACCACACAGGUCGCCUACCCCCACUUCCCCUCUCCCACAUUUUGCAUCAUGGUGUAGCAUGCACUGUUUAUCAAACAUGGUCUCCAGACUUUCUUUCAUCUUUAGCAACAUUUUUGCUUUGCAAGACUAAUGAUAUAGGUUCAUAAGUACGUGCAAUAUGUUCAAAUGAGUGCUGCUCACUCGGAGCAGGAGGAGGAGGAGGAGGGGUUGAUUAUAUUAUAUGCUAAAGCUAAGGAGAGCCAUGGCUCAGGGAGGUGCAGGUUAGAGAUGACAUGUUUGCUUAGGUGGUCUGUGCCAUCAUUAAAAUUCAAAAAUAGAGUUGUUAUAUAUUUGUGCAAAUUUUACUUCAUGUGUACCGUUUUCGUUAAAACACCACCUGCAGUUGUCGAAACCUAUGGUCUGUCUUUGGCACUGUAUAAGUGUCUUUAGUGUGAGCCCCCGUCGUGUUUUCAUUGGGAAUCAUGAGAUCGUCAUUGAAGACGCAGAGCUUUAUUUGCAGUCAGUCUUUUCAUACUCGGCUGCUGACGUAAUAUUUCUGCUUUAGAUAUUUGAAUUGCUAUUGGCUUUCUUGCACCUGCCUCAGCUCUGUUUUAGUCCAUUCUUGCAGGUCAGAGGCGUUUCUCCUGUUGGUUCUUCAGCACUGAACAGGAUGUGAUAGCAAUUCUUUUCAAGGUAACUUUAAUGCCGUCUCAUAAUUUCUUUGUAUUAUGGCAGGUUUCAGCCCAGGUGGAUGAGCUAAUGUUUCCAGUCAACCCUAACAAGAAUUGGAAUUGCAUUGUUUUUAUUUUUUGUCGACUCUUUCAUAGAGAAUUAUGCUUAAUUGGAGUAUUAUGAUAAAGGGCUGCUGUCUGCUCCACCCAUAAGUUAUUUAAGAGAUGUCAAAACUUAUUGAGAUUGAAGGAUAUUUAUUAAAUCGUAUUGAGGAAAUUCUUGUUUACUUGAUGAUUUAUGAUGAUGCCAAGGAGCUCCGGGUUUUCCAGCUGUUGUUAACAUGUAGAUAUAAUGAUCUCUAGCAGCAGCAGCCCUAGGUCAGAAGUUUUCCGGUUUUGAACUCCAAGCUGUCUUGAAUAUGUUUAGUGGUAAAUGUGCUGUGGGAAAACAUGUGACACUCUUCAUGGCUGGAAAAUAAAGCUGACAUGGGAGUAUGUUAGAUAGUGAGAAAUCUGAGUUUUCAUUGCGUUUUUAGUCCUUGUGUUUUGAACUGAAGUCUGAUGAAUCUGACAUUUUGUCUGAUGCUGUGAUCGUUUAUCAUUGUUGACUUUUUUGAAUCCUUGUUGAGUAAGAAGCUCAUACGGCAUAUCAUAUGUGAGUCAGUGCUACAGGCAGCUCCAAGUUAAAAUGACUCUAGGUUUUUCAUAUUUCUGAACUUGCAUAUAUUGACACACAUUUGCAAAUUUGCCAUAAACAUCUCCGCCACUUUGUCAGUUUUCAUAACUGCUAAUAAUGUGUUUUAAUGGUUUACAAUUGGUGAGCUCCUGUUGCCCACCCUCUGCUAUUAACAGUAUGGAUGUUGACCUCUGUGGCCCUUGUAUGAUGUUUCCUGUAACCCUUGAUUAAACAUAGAUGUUCCCGUCAUGGCUUUUUCAUUAAGAUUCUGAAAAAUGCUACUGUAAAUGUUCUAAGUUGAAUGCACUGUGUGUUUAAAAAAACUAUGAUAGAUCAAUGAUCAGGAAAUGACUCCAUAAAAAUACAACAUAUUGUAUAGUGUAAUUAUAGUGAAAUGGUUAUAUGAUGCAUUUUUGGACUUUUAUUUAUUUCAUACUUCGUCAUGUGUCAAAUGAUGAUCGGCUAUAAUUUAACUGGUAUGGUGUUGUAAUGUAACCAUUACAUUUGGCGGGGAAUGGUUUAAUGGUUCAGGUUGCUUGUACAUACACUUGGCCCAUAAAAAGUAUAAACCUUAACGUUUCUGUUGUAGCAUGGUAAUUGUGUGUCUGGAGGAAAACAAGUGGAUCAUUGAUCUGAUUUGCUGUUGUUGAAUAAAUGUUCCUGAACAUUG